AGCCGUCCGAGCUUCUACGAAGUUGCCGCCAAAUAUGGAACCGACAAGGUCACAGCCCACAGCUACCACCACAUGUACGAGAAAUACUUGCCUGCAGUCCGGAUGAAGCGCAUCAAGAUGCUUGAAAUUGGUCUCGGGUGCGAUAUGGGGUACGGUCCAGGAGCUUCCUACAACUUGUGGCUCGAGUACUUUCCAUACGUCGACCUCUACUUUAUCGAGUACGACGAACGUUGCGCCAGGAAAUGGGCCCGCAAGACUAGCGGAGCCACCAUCUUCACUGGAGACCAAGCCGACGAAGCUUUCCUCGAGGAAUUCAUCACAGACAGUGGUGGAGACUUUGACAUCAUCAUCGAUGACGGCGGCCACACAAUGAACCAGCAGAUCAAGAGUCUUGAGCACUUGUGGAAGACAGUCAAGCCCGGUGGCUACUACUUUUGCGAAGAUAUGCAGACUAGUUAUUGGGACAGUCAUGGCGGCGGCCCGACCGCGUCCAAAGAGAAUGGAAAUCAGACCUUCGUCCAGUUGGUCAAUGAGAUGGUGGAAGAUUUGAAUUCGGGUAACCGGAGGGUCAACUUUGACGGAGCCGAAGAGGUCUUGGGUGUCGAUUGUAUGGCAGAGGUCUGCGGCUUUUGGAAAAGGCCAGAGGGACCAGAUAAGCCUGUGAAGCUAGAAAAGUCUACGAAGACUGGAGCGCGAUAG